AGUUCCAAGUAUCCACCGCAGCAAAUGAUGUUCGAUUCGUUAUUCCGCGGUAAACGCAAUGAUCGCAGGUCUCUUGAAGUUGCCUCCGUGUCCGAGUAUGAAUCACGUGCGCUAGUGGCGCUGGACCGGAACGCGCUUGAUUAUUUCCGCUGUGGUGCUGGCGCUGAACUGACGACACGGUUGAAUAGGUCACGGUACGAGCAGAUACGGAUCAGACCGCGCUGUCUGGCACGGGUCGGCAACCGUAGCUUGUCAGUUAAUGUGCUUGGACUGAGCUACAGAAUGCCAAUCGGAAUUGGACCGGUGGCAUUGCAGAAAUUAGUUCACAAUGAUUGCGAAAGGGCCAUGGCCAGAGCGGCCCGGUCCAUGGGAGUGCCCUUUGUUCUGAGUGUUCUUUCUAGCGUGUCGAUCGAGGAUAUUGCGGAUGUAAUUCCUAACCAUCCGAAGUGGUUCCAGCUGUUUAUUCUGAAGGAUCGUGAGUUGACGGAGAAUCUUGUGAGACGUGCCGAAAAAGCUCGUUACAGAGCCCUUGUCGUGACGGUGGAUACUCCGGUGAUUGGACUGCGAAGAUCGGAAAUGAAGAAUCCGCUCAUUCUUCCCUCCAAAGUUUCGUAUGCUAAUUUUUGUCCUCCACAUAACAAUGUUUGUACAAAGAAUACGGCGGAGUAUGUGAAAAAUCAGUUUGAUCCCACUAUCGGUUGGGACUCCUUACGUUGGUUGGUUAGUAUCACAAAUCUGCCAGUAAUUGUGAAAGGCAUACUUACAAAAGAAGACGCAUUAAUGGCUGCUAAUUUAGGAGUGAAAGGUGUCAUAGUUUCGAAUCACGGAGGACGUCAGUUGGAUUGCGCUCCGGCUACUAUAGAAGUACUGCCAGAAGUGUGCGAAGCAGUGGGCAGUCGACUCAUCGUUAUGACUGAUGGCGGUAUUACCCAAGGAACGGAUGUAUUUAAGGCACUCGCCCUAGGAGCCAAACUGGUAUUUGUUGGCCGAGCGGCGAUGUGGGGAUUGGCUGUAAACGGUCAAUAUGGUGUGGAGGACGUACUGGAACUGCUUAAAGUGGAGCUUGAUUCCGUAAUGGCAAUGGCGGGAUGUAAAACUAUCAAUCAGAUUUGCGAAAAUCAUGUUCGUUUUGAAUCGGAAUACUUGGCUCCUCGAUUGCGUUUUGAAGAAAAACGAAUAAUCAACCAAAUCGAUAGUAACAAUCGAGUAGAUACAGAUAGUGACAUUGAAAAUGGCAAAAAAGUAUUUGUGGAAAGUGUGAAAGUGAUACCGCAGCCAGAAAAGGUUAUUUUAAUCCCAACAGGAGAGGAUGGUUUAUCGAAAAAUCCUAAUGGAGAAGACGGAGUAGACGAAUGUGGUAGGAAAACUAGUAAAUGGUGCAAAACAGUGAACAGUAAUGUUGAAAUAAUAAGAGCUCCUCCGCGAAUUACGAGGGAAGUACGAGUUGUUCCAGAAUUAGCAAAAGUUUUUCAACGCAACCCAAAUUUGGGUUCGAACAAUCGACAACUAAGGAUUCGCCAGAGUAGAAGCAGAGCUGCGUCAAUGCAUAAUUUAAUCGGUAUCAGUAAACACGGCGAGGAUUGUCGGUACAUGCUGUAGGGAAAAUUCGAAGCUGAAUGCAUGUUUUAUUUUUGUAGGCCAUCAAUUUGAAAUUUUGGAUCGUAAAAUCGGUGUAAUUUUUUUUAAAGUAAAAAAUAGAUAAUAAAUUAUUCCAAAUU